AUGGCGCAACCCAGAGUAGGAGUUGCUGUUGUCAUUCUGAACCAGGAGGGAAAGGUUGUCCUGGGAAAAAGAAAGGGAAGUCAUGGCGCCGGGACAUGGGCAUGCCCGGGUGGACAUCUCGAAUUCGGCGAAUCCCUCGAGACAUGCGCAGAACGGGAGGUGCUCGAGGAGACGGGCCUCGCUAUCCGCGACGUGCGUUUCUUGACAGUCACCAACGACGUGUUCGAGGUUGAAAAAAAGCACUAUAUUACGGUGUUUGUAGGUGCAGUCCUCCAAGAUGAAGAGGCACAACCUCAGAUUCUGGAACCUGAGAAAUGCGAGGAGUGGCGAUGGACCGCCUGGGAAGAAGUUCGCUCGUGGUAUGACAGGCAGGCACAGGCCAAGGGCAAUGGGUCGAGUGCAGGACCGACACUGUUCAUCCCCUUGCUGAACCUCUUCCGGCAACGGCCAGCCUUUAACCCUAGCCAGAGCUAUGCUUCUGCGCACAAAUGA